AUGGCCGACGACAAACGCCCCGUGGGCCUUCUCUUCGAUAUCGGAGGCGUGUGUGUCGUCUCGCCAUUCCAGGCCAUUCUGGACUACGAGUUGGCACAUGACAUUCCUCCUGGAUGGGUAAAUUUCAGCAUCUCGCGCACAUCGCCCAACGGCAGCUGGCACAAACUGGAGCGAGGCGAGAUCAAACUGGAUGCGGAGUUCUUCAAGGGAUUCAACAACGACCUACGCAAUCCGACGCUGUGGAAGCUGUUCCAUGAGAAUCUUCAGAAGAAGCAACCCGCGACCGCACCUGCAUCGAUCCCUGCGUUACCAAUCAUCGACGCAGAGUGGCUCUUCUGGGAGAUGAUGCGGGUUUCCCGGACACCUGAUCCAUACAUGUACCCAGCUCUGCAGAAGCUGAAGGCCUCGGGGCAGUUUAUCAUUGGAGCCCUGUCAAAUACAGUCAUCUUUCCCGACGGGCACGCAUACAACAGCGACUCGAACGGUGUCAAGUCGCAGUUCGACUUCUUCAUCUCGUCAGCACACACGGGGCUCAGGAAGCCAGAUCCUAAAAUCUAUGCAGCUGCGCUAAAGGAGAUGGACUCAUUGGCGAAGCAGAGGGGCUUGCAGGGAGCCGAGCCAUCUGACGUUGUUUUCCUGGACGACAUUGGUGAGAACCUUAAGGCUGCGAAGAAGGCCGGAUUGAGAACAAUUAAGGUCAACCUGGGUCGGACUCAAGAUGCCAUCAGGGAAUUAGAGAAGAUCACUGGUCUUCAGUUGCUGGAGACUUCGGACAAGGCCAAGCUUUAA